UUAAGCUGUAAGUUGGAAAAAGAAGGGUAGUAGAAUUUCAUUGGGCGUCUGUGGUCAUAUUCAAAUAAUUGAGCGCUUGAAAUCACCAUCACAGUCUAUAAUCUUAGAUUUAAGUUUAAUGCAUAGAAAAAAAAAAAGUUGAAUGUUGUUGUUUUCGCUUUAGCUAAGAUGUUCCCUGCUUUUCUUUAUUUGAUUUGGAUAGAGGGGGAUUUGUAAUAUAAAUUUAUAGGGAAGCUUGAAUAUUAAACAUGUUGCAGUGAGGACCAGGAGUGGUGGCCUAGAAAUUUGUGUUUUGGACUCUUGUUUUAUCAGGGUUUUGUAUAACUAGUUAUCAAAGUUGAGUCAGUUGUGUUAUGACUGGUUUUGUAGAGAGGGGCGGGUGUGUUUAGUUUAUCAUUUAGUGAGUAGAUUUUCGGGUGUUUGCUUUAGUGGGAAGAUGAGGGAACUGGAAAAGCUUGCUGCGAAGAUCAUUGUUGUGGGUUUGUGUGCCUUUGUCUGUGUGUACCCUUCCAUGGCCAAUGUUUCAUGGUUUAAUGAAGAUGCCCAGUUGCUGAUUUCUAUGAAAUCAGCAAUGGUGGCUUCAAACUCUGCAUUUGAAACCUGGUCAAUUGCUUCCAAUGGCAGCCCACAUUGCUCCUGGACUGGCGUCCAAUGCGACCGUAGGGGUCGCGUAGUUGCUUUAGAUAUCUCCAAUAUGAAUAUUUCAGGCCCAAUCCCUCCCCAAAUCGUCAGCCUCUCUGAGCUCCGCUCGCUUAACCUCUCAAAUAAUGUAUUCAAUGGAGGCCUGCCUCCUAAUGUGUCAAAUCUUAGGAACCUGGAAUCCCUGGAUGUGUACAACAACAACUGUUCGGGCCCAUUGCCUGUGGAGCUAAGCCGCCUGGUGAAUCUCAAGUACUUAAAUUUGGGAGGAAAUUACUUUUCCGGAAGCAUUCCUCGAGAGUAUGCAAAGCUCACAAGUUUGGAGUAUCUCUCAUUGUCAGGGAAUGAUCUGACUGGAGCAAUACCUCCAGAACUUGGAUUUCUAGUGAAUCUGAAGUCACUCUAUUUGGGAUACUACAACAAGUUUUCUGGCGGAAUUCCUCCACAAUUUGGGAAUUUAAGCAAGCUCGUGUACCUGGAUAUUGCUAACUGUGGUGUAGAGGGGCCAAUUCCAUCAGAACUCGGGAGGCUUGAGAAGCUGGAUACAUUGUUCUUGCAAGACAAUGCCCUGUCUGGUCCUAUACCUCCUCAGCUGGGACGCCUUGGGAGCUUAAAGUCUUUAGAUCUGUCCCUCAACGAACUCACCGGGGAAAUACCUAUGGAAUUCAAAGAGCUCAAGGAGCUGAAACUUUUGAAUCUGUUUAUCAAUAAGUUGCAUGGGGAGAUUCCGUCUUUUAUUGGGGAUCUACCCAAUUUGGAGGUUUUGCAGCUGUGGAAGAAUAAUUUCAGGGGACCGGUGCCUCAGCAGCUUGGGCAAAAUGGCAGGCUUGUGGAAGUCGAUGUCUCGUCAAACAGAUUGACUGGUUCGAUUCCUCCCAAUCUCUGUAAUGGCGGAAAGCUGAGGAUUCUGAUCAUUCUCAAUAAUUUGUUCUUUGGUCCCAUUCCAGAGACUCUUGGGACCUGCAAUUCUUUGGUGAGAGUCCGAAUGGGGCAGAAUUAUUUGAAUGGUUCGAUUCCUGCCGGCUUGCUCUAUUUGCCCAGGCUGAAUAUGAUCGAAUUGCACUACAAUUAUCUCACCGGAACCAUACCGGAAAGAAAAGGAAAAGCUCCCGCCGGGGCAAGCCAGAUUAAUCUUUCCAACAAUCAUCUUGGCGGUUCUCUUCCUUCCUCCAUAGGCCUCUUCUCGGCUCUGCAGAUAUUCCUCGUAAACGGAAACCGUCUAACGGGGCCCGUUCCGACUGAAAUCAGGCGCCUGGCGCAUAUUACGAAGCUGGAUUUUAGCAGGAACAGAUUCUCGGGUUCGAUUCCCGCGGAGAUGGGGCGCUGCAAAGCUCUGAAUUACAUCGACCUGAGCCAGAACAAGUUCAGUGGUCCGAUGCCAGUGCAACUGACAGGCAUGCGCAAUCUCAACUAUUUCAACGUCUCCAGAAACCGCUUCAACGGCAGCAUUCCGAGAGAAUUUGCGAGCAUGCAGAGCCUCUCGUCGGUGGACUUCUCUUACAACAAUUUCUCGGGCCUCGUUCCCACUGGCGGUCAGUUUUCUUAUUUCAAUGUCAGCACUUUUGCAGGUAAUCCCGCCUUGUGCGGACCGUUCUUGGGCUCCCCUUGCAGCGUUGCAGCUAGUACGUCGCCGGUUCAAGCCCAGGGCAAUACGAAGGGCGUUGUUUCUUCUUCACUGAAGCUUGUCAUAGGCCUAGCUCUGCUAUUCUGCUCUCUGGCUUUUGCAGUUGUGGCUGUUGUGAAGGCCAGAGCCCUGCGAAAAGACCGGGACGCACGGUCCUGGAAAAUGACCGCCUUCCAGAAGCUCGACUUUGGCAGGGACGAGGUGCUCGAGAGUCUGAAAGAAGACAAUGUGAUCGGAAAAGGAGGCGCCGGAAUUGUUUACAGAGGCAUCAUGUCCAACGGAGAGGAAGUUGCUGUGAAAAAGCUUAUGAGGAUUGGAAGCGCCGGCUCCACGCAUGACCAUGGAUUUUCCGCAGAGAUUCAGACCUUGGGCAGGAUUCGCCACCGGCAUAUUGUUCGUUUACUGGCGUUUUGCUCCAACCAUGAUACCAACCUUCUGGUCUAUGAAUAUAUGCCCAAUGGGAGCCUCGGGGAGCUUCUCCAUGGGAACAAAGGUGGGCACUUGCACUGGCAGACCAGAUAUAAGAUUGCGCUUGAGGCUGCUAAAGGGCUUUGUUAUCUUCACCAUGAUUGCAAUCCUCUGAUUGUUCACAGGGAUGUGAAGUCCAAUAAUAUUCUUCUGGAUUCCAACUUUGAAGCCCAUGUUGCAGAUUUCGGCCUUGCCAAGUUUCUGCAGGAUUCCGGUGCCUCUGAGUGCAUGUCAUCCAUUGCAGGCUCCUACGGCUACAUUGCUCCAGAAUAUGCCUACACACUGAAAGUGGACGAGAAGAGUGACGUUUACAGUUUCGGGGUAGUUCUGUUGGAGUUAAUAACAGGGAGGAAACCUGUGGGUGAUUUUGGCGAUGGCGUCGACAUUGUUCAGUGGAUGAAAAAAACGACCAAUUCAGUUCGAGAGGGAGUUACAAAGAUUCUGGAUGCCAGGCUGAGCAGCAUUCCAUUAGAGGAAGCCAUGCAUCUGUUCUUCGUUGCAAUGCUGUGCGUUGAAGAGCAAAGUGUAGAGAGGCCAACCAUGCGUGAAGUAGUUCAGAUGCUUGCAGACUGUCCAAAGACCAAACCCACUCAAUACUUUUCUCCUUCUCAAAAGGAACCAAAGAAGCCAGUUUCCAUUCAGCCCCCAAAUCUGCUCACCAUAUAAUCACUGUAAUCAUGUCUAUAAUGUUUUAGGGUUUCUGUAAUUUUUCUUUCUCUUUUCUGGGUUUGGAGCUGAUCCAGUCAUUCUAAACCCCCUUUUAGGAUUUGCAUAGCUGGACUCAACGAUGGUGAAAGAAGAAGCAGCUGGAUUCUGUAACUAGCAGGCCACUUUUUAGGCUUAAAGAUAUAUUCUCCAAGCCAGAUGUUUGCAUAAAGGAUGAAAUGUGCUUCAAAAUGGGGCCAAAGGAAUAACUUCAAUAAAAACAUAUGUAUAUUACAGUAUAACUAAGAUUUCUUCUUUUCA